AUGGGCCGACUUCCCUUCCCUGCAGAUGCGGAGCUGACAGGCCCCGACCGCUUGGUUCUGGACGUGCUCCGCAAGGAAUAUGAAGCUUUCAAGCAUGACGCAAGCGACGCUGAAUGGGACGUUGCCGACGAUUCGGACGAUUCCAUGAUCAAGAGGACCGAAUUCGUGGUCCCGUCUCCCGAAGAUCUGUCAGACCAACAUCAGCAAGCCAUUGCUUACUUGAAGCGUCUGAACAACCCCAAGUCUGAUGGCUUUGAGCCUACAGUCUUUAGCACCAAGGAUUUGCCAGACAUCAAGCAUGGCUUCUUUCGUCGGCAGAUCCUCGACCCUUACCUGGUCUGGGCGCGCACCGUGGUUCGAGUCGAGACUGACGUCGUCAUGAUCACACAUCUACUGCUCUACCUGUGCACCACCGUUCCCUCUGCCAUCUAUCUCUUCGUCCACUUUCAUUGGUGGCAUGCUGUGCCUCACUGCGUCGUCCAGGGUUGGUACAUGGGAGCCUACACCCUCCUACGACAUCAGCACAUUCACAUGCGCGGUGUCUUGCGCAAAAGGUAUGCUCUUAUCGAUGAGCUCUUUCCCUACCUCUUGGAUCCUUUGAUGGGCCAUACAUGGAACUCGUACUACUAUCACCACGUCAAGCAUCAUCACGUCGAAGGCAACGGGCCGAAUGAUCUGUCGUCCACCAUUCGCUAUCAAAGAGAUGAUGUCUGGGACUUUUUGCGUUACGUCGGACGCUUUUACUUCUUCAUCUGGUUUGAUCUGCCGCAUUACUUUUACAGCACACGCAAGCCUGGACUUGCUUUCCGAGCAGCUGCCUUUGAGCUUGGCAACUACGCAUUCUUGUACUACAUGUUCACCCGUGUCAAUGCUCUCGCAACCACCUUUGUCUACCUCAUUCCACUGGCUCUCAUGCGCUUGGCUUUGAUGACGGGUAACUGGGGCCAGCAUGCGCUUGUAGAUGAAGUAGAGCCAAACUCGGACUUCAGAUCGAGCAUCACGCUCAUUGAUGUGCCUAGUAACCGGUACUGCUACAACGAUGGCUAUCAUACUUCUCAUCACCUCAACCCGCUUCGUCACUGGCGCGAACAUCCUGUUGCUUUCCUGUCGCAGAAGAAGCAGUACUCGGAUGAGCAUGCGCUGGUGUUUUACAACAUUGACUACAUGUUCCUCACCAUCAACCUGCUGAGGAAGAAUUACGAGCACGUUGCCAGGUGUCUGGUGCCGAUGGGUGAUCAGAUGAAGCUGACCAUGGAGGAGAGAGUGGAGAUGCUCAAGCGCAAGACGAGGAAGUUUUCGGAAGAGGAGAUUGCCCAGAAAUGGGGCAAGAAGUAUGCGAAACUGAGGUGA